GGGAAAAUUCAGAGUGCACAUUUCCCCACUACUGAAUAUCACAGCAAUUGUUUUGGUCUCCAUCCUUUUAUGGAAUUUAUCUGGAUAUACCUUCUGUCAUCAGGAGUCAAGACUUUGUGCCUGUCACAAAUGUCUAACAGACAGUGAUCCUUGGUUUAAUGACAUCAUUGGUGAAUCUCCUAAACCUUUAAUGUCAAAGAAACAUAAACCCUCGGAGGAAGAUUUCAACUGGUGGAAGCCCUUACAGGGGGAAAAACAAAACUUCACUGUCUACAAUAAAACACUAGAACGUGUGUUUCAGACAAUAACACCCUUUGCAGAUGUUGAAGAACCUCGCCCUGAUCGCUGCAGGAGAUGUGCAGUGGUGGGGAAUUCUGGAAAUUUGAGAGGAUCUCAGUAUGGACCCCUGAUUGAUUUCCAUGAUAUUGUGAUAAGUGCGCGGUUCACGCGGCCAGCAGGGCUCCUGUCGUUCCUCGAUUGGGAUGGCUUCUCGGCUCUGACCGCAGCUGCAGGCUGUGUUUCCCUGGCGUAUUGCCUGCGCUUUGCCAGUUUACACGCCAGCUGGACCUCGCUGUGUCUGAUGCUCAGCCAGCGACCUGCGGUGCUGGCUGUACUCGAGUGUCUCGUCCUCGAGUUCACUCUUGUGGCUCACCUGUCUAUGGACAGCGCUCGGCAGCCACUUAGCCCUGGGGCGACCUGCAGGGAAAAAGGUGCUCCAAACUCUAACAAGAUAGCUAACAAAAAUUUGGUGUCGAUCCUUCAUCCAGCUUUCAUGAAAUAUGUUCAUGAUGUCUGGCUGAGAAAGAAGGCUGCUUAUCCAUCCACUGGCUUUCUUGCUGUGGUUCUCAGCUUAUUAAUGUGUGAUGAGGUUAAUGUCUUUGGGUUUGGAGCAGACAGCGAGGGAAACUGGAGCCAUUACUUUGAAAUCCUUAAAAACAAACGGUUAAAAACAGGAGGCCACCCAGGAGAAGAAGAAUACAAAAUGAUUGUUAAAUUACACAUGAAGAAGAAAAUA